AUGAGGUUGAUUGCUCAACUUGCGGCAGCCUCAGUUAUCGCCCAAGCGGCUUUUGGUCUCCAGUGUUCUAAAGACAGUAUCCUUGAGAAAUACAACGUUGACAAGUACAGUAUUUCACAUCAAAAUAUCAGAGCUACGCCUCCAAGUAGCACAACUGAAGAUUGGUGGAUCAACAUAUGUCAGGAAAACCCUGACGAGGCCCCUGAAGGCUGUCAGAAAGAUGACGUUUUAUGCGGGACAACCAAAGUCACUUUGAAAGACGAACCCGAUAAGCCCAUUCUCACACAAUUGAUUGAUUUUCCGGAAUCUGUAUCCAGUGCGGCUAGUGAGAACUCCAAUGGCGAUCUUGUGGUGGACUUCAAGGACGUCAAAUGGGGGAGCUAUUUAAUCGACGCUCAGAUAACAUUUGUAUGUGCUGCUAACAAAAAUCCCAACGUCGUUACGUCUUUGGCGUGGCGCGACAAAAAGGUGGAAAUGGUUGUUGAGGGAGAUGCUGGCUGUCUCAAGAAAAAGGAUGACAAAGAUAACGACAGCAAAAAGGAACCCAAGCCAGACAAGAAAAAGGGCACCAGCAUUGGAUCCUGGUUUCUGUGGCUCAUUACCUAUGCGUUGUUGUUUGCACUUAUAUAUCUGCUCGCUACAUCUUACAUGAGCACACGAGGUGGCAGCUUGCGUGAAUUCCGCGAGGAGUUUGUUGACCGGUCGUCAAGUCUAGCGUCGUCGUUGCCGCAAUUCACCAAAGAGGUGGUUUCCAGAGUUCUUGGACGAUCUUCUUCUUCUUCUUCGCAAAGAGGUGGCUAUAGCGCAGUUUGA